AUGUCUACAACAACCACAACAAAGAGACCUUCCCUCUUCUCCCGCUUCUCUUCCCGGACCUCCAUGCUCUCGACUUCACCCUCCUCCUCCUCCUCCUCGCCGACGGAAUCCUCAUCCUCAACCCCAAGAGGCUGCCGCGACUACAACCGCUACGCAAAACACAACAAGGGCCACAACUUCACCCUGACUGACCCGUACAGCGGCUCCUCUUCAAGUUCAAGCAAUGUCUCCUCGACUCAAUCCGACUCGACCUCGACCCCAACCUCGACAUCUGCCGACAUGCCCGUCGGCGCCCGCGACUUCAAGCUCCGCUACGCAAAGGACAGCAAGCUGCAGGGCCAUGACUUUAGCAAGACAUACUUGUAUGCCUAUGCUGCCACUUCGACGACGAACUAUUCGAUGGCCUUGGACGCCCGGGGCGACGUGGACGUCGUCUCCUCUUCCUCUGUGCCCCGGGGUUGUAGGCACCUCGCCAACAAGAACAUGAGGUAUGCGUGGCAUCAAGGUAGACAGGUGUUUUGA